AUUCAAUUUAUAUUAUCAUAAGUAGAAUAAAAUACUUAGGAAUAAAUUUAACCAGAGGUAAAUGAGCUCUACAUUGAAAACUAUAAAGCUUAUAAGAGAAAUUGCAAAAAACAAAUAAAUCAAAAGACAUCUGAGUUAAUGGAUUGGAAAAAUUAGGACUGUUAGUGUCCAUACCACACAGGCUAUGCACAGAUUCCAUAUGAUCUCUAUCAAAAUUCUAAUAUUUUAAAGCAUUAACAUUCUAAAAUUCAUACAUAAUUACCAAAGACUGUGAGUGGGUAAAGAAAUCUUAAGAAGAACAAACCUGGGAGUGGCAUUUUGGUGUAGAGGCAUUUGCCUCUGCCUUCAGUUCCAGCAUCCCAUAUGGGUGAUGGUUCAAGUCCCAGCUGCUCCUCUUCUGAUACAGCUUUCUACUAUGGUCUUGGAAAGCAGUGGAAGAUGGUCCAAAUCUUUGGGCCCUUCCACCCACUUGAGGGACCGAGAGGAAGCUCCUUGCUCCUGGCUCCUGGCUUCAGAUCAGCCCAGCUCUAGCUGUUAUGGCCAUCUAGGGAGUGAACCAGCUGAUGGAAGACCUUUCUCUGUCUCUCCUUCUCUCUGUCUGUAAUUCUUUAUCUCAAGUAGAUAAAUAAAAACCUUUUAAAAAAAACUGGAGGCAUAACCCUACAUGAUUUCAAAGUAUAUCCAUUAAAAAGCUACAGUAAUCAAAAUCAAAUUGUAUGGUAAACUGACCUAUAGACCCAUGGAUCAGAGUUGAGAGCACAGAAAUAAACUCACGCGUCAAUAUCCAAGUGAUCUUUGACAGAUGUGCCAAGAAUAUACAAAGAGGAGAGGAUAGUAUCUGCAAUAAAUUAUGUUGGAAAACUUAAUAUUUGCAUGCAAAACAAUGAACUUGGACACUUACCUCACACUAUAUACAGAAAUAACCCCAAAAUGGAUUAAAAACUUAAAGUAAUAUCUGAACCUGUUAAAAUGCUAGAAGUUUCAAGCGGUUGGGCUCCUGCCACUCGAAUGGAAGACCCAGAUGGAGUUCCAGGCUUUUGCCAGCCCUGGCCAUUGUGGUCAUUUGAGGAAUGAACUGGUGAUGGAAGGUCUCUUUCUCUGUUUCUUUCCCUCUUUCUGUGUAACUAUGCCUUUCAAGUAAAUAAAUAAAUAAAUCUUUUUUUAAAAAAGUUAGGAGAAAACUGAGAAGGAAAGCUCCCUGACAUUGUCCUUUUGGAUAUGACACCAAAAGCCCAGGCAGCAAAAAGAGAAGUAAGCAAGUGGAAUUACAUAAAACUGAAGUUUCUGUGCAGCAAAGUAAGUAAUCAGCAAAAGUAAAUGACAGUCUAUGAAAUGAGAGGGAAUGUUUGCAAACCUUAUGUCUGAUAAGGGGCUAAGUCAAAAAUAUACAAGUAAUUCAUGAAACUCAAUAUAAAACAGCAAACAAGCAAACAAAUUCCUUAAUUAAAAAGUAGGCAAAGGACUUGAUCAUUUUUCCAAAGAAGAUAAACAAAUGGCCAGCAGGUAUAGGAAAAAGUGCUCGACAUCACUAAUAUCAGGGAGGUGCAACCAAAGCCAAAGUGAGAUGUCAUCUCACACCUGUUAGGAUGGCUAUUUUCCAAAAGUCAAAUAACAAUAAGUGUUGGCAAGGAUACAGAGAAAAGGAAGCCUGUACCCUGUUGGUAGGAAUAUGAAUUAGCACCCUCAUUAUGGAAAACAGUAUGGCAUUCUUCCAAAAACUAAAAAUAGAACUACCAGAUGUCCCAACAACCUCACUUCUGGGUACAUAUCCAGAGGAAAUGAAAUAAAUAUCUCAAGGAGAUAUUUGCACUCCCAUAGAAAGUGGAAGUUCACUGUAGUAUUAUUCCUAAUAGCCAAGAUAUGGAAUCAACAUAGUGUCUAUUCACAGUUGACUGGAUGGAGAAUACAUGUUUAUAUAUAUCUAUAGUGGAAUACUGUUCAAGCUUAAGAAACUCUGACAUUUGUAACAAGGAUGAACCUAGAGGGUCUUAACACUAGGUGAAAUAAGUCAGACACAGAAAGACAAAUACUGCAUGAUCUCAUAAAUAUAUACUCUAAAGAAAUCGAAGUUGUAAAAACAGAGUAUAACGGUGGUUGCUAGGGAUGAUGGGUGGGGUGGUGGGAGGAUUUGAGUCAAAGGGUAUAAACUUUCAGUUAUAAGAUGAGAAAGAUCUGAAUAUCCAUGGAUAUUUGAAGUUUGCUAAGAAAGUAGAUCUCAAAUGUUCUCACUGCAGCAAACUACUACUAUGUGGGGUGAUGGAUAUGUCAAUUAGCUUGACUGUAAACCUUUUCCUGAUGGAUAGGUAUGUCAAAAUAUCACUUUGUAUACUUUAAACAUAUAUAGUAUGUGCUAACUAAAUCUCAUGAAAGUAUAAGAAAAAAAGAAAAUAGAAAAACUCAUAGCAGAAACAAUUUCUUAUACCACAUCCAAUGACAGGUAUAUUUCAAACAAUUGUAGGAAUGAGCAGAAUUUUAGAAACUGUAAUCCACAAAUGGGUCUACUUUCCUUGAAGGAGCAGUUAUUGCUAGCAGGGUCCAUGAUUGCUGUCACAUAGUUAUGCUUUCAAUCAUGGUCAGCACUUACAUAGGCUGCCUCUUUGAAUGUCUAGGGAGUCAUGUGCAUAGGGAUGCACUAUGUAAAAUUCAGCAAAACUUCUUUAUGGCCAUCUGCGUGUUACCCAUCCCAGGUCUUUUAUUCGAUUGACUCCAGCUCCUCAAGGCAGCACCUGUUUCUAAUUUAUCACCAUUAUUCCCAAUGCCUAGCACAGAGUCUGAUAUACAGAAUGGACUGCACAAAUGUUUAAUUAAAAUGAAUAGAUUUUCAAAUGAUUCUGGGAAGAUAAUCCAUGUUUACCAGGUGACUUCAGUGCCAGCCACAUCUAACAAUAAGCAUUAUCUCACUUAAGGCUCAGGGCAAUCUCAGAAAGGAAGUAUAACCCAUCACCAUUGUAAUGUUUUUAUAAUAUUUUAAAAUUAUUUUUCUUAUUUUAUUUGACAGAAGACAGGGACAGAGAGACAGAGAUAGAUAUUUCACCCACUGGUUCAUUCCUUAAAUGCCUGCAACAACUGUGCUGAAGCCAGGCAGAAGCCAGGAUUCAGGAGCUCAAUUAGGGUCUCACACAUAGGGGACAAGGAACCAAGCACCUGAGCCAUCACCUGCUGCUUCCCAUCAUGUUCGCCAGCAGCAGUGGCGCCAGGACUCAAACCCAGGCACUCCGGUGUGGGAUCAGGUGACCUGAACAGUGUUGUAACUGCUUCACCAAACACUCCCACCGCAGAGCAGAGAAUUCUGAGGAGCAGAGAGCUAGCUGGUCAGAAAUAAAUCAUUCCAAUGUGAUUUCACUGCGUAUCCCAUACAACUAAGGGUACCUCCUCUUGCUGAGCUAUUGUGAAGGUUAAAUGAUGUAUAUGAAAACGCUCAAAACUGUUCCUGGGACAUAAUAAGCUAUCUACACUAUUCUGAUUACUUUUAUGUUUCGUAGAGUAAAUGAUAAAGCAAUCUUUAUUAAGUUUCCCCGUAUGCUGCAUUUAACAUGAAUGGCAUUUUAAAAGAUUCUAAAUGAUAUUUUAAUUUUUAAUGAUAUUUUAAAAGAUUUUAAAAACCUGCACCCCAACUUUUUGAUGAGCUAGCUCUUGAUAUGGUUAGUAUAAUAAUUUAAAAUAUUCCUUUGAGAUCGUGUUUGGUUUAACCCAGAAAACCAUUAGGUCCGUGGUGGGCAGCUUGUGAGUGGUUACAAUCCAUAUAUCAUGCUCCAGCCUGGAGCUGGGAACAGCUGGGGCUUGUUGGCCCCACUGGAUUUCAUGGGAAUUUGCCCAGUUUCCAUGGUGGACUUUGUCCAGCAUGGAAUAGAGAGAGACUUUCACAGGAACCUCUUACACUUUUACUAGGCAAUGCAGUGUCCCCAGUUCCUUUCCAAAAUCUAUAAUCCUACUAACAACUGGAACCAGAACAAGGUGAGAGGCAGGUGAAGGCCUCAUAUGCAGAGCUGUGAAAUUCAUGUGACUUUAAUGCCCCCCAGGCGCUCCUCCAAGCGCUGAGACGUGUUCAGGUGCUUUUGGUCAUCCAUGAGAAGUUAAAACUGCAUUCCGUUACCAGGGGAUGACACUCGUGCAGCCAUCUACGGUGUCUGUUUUCUACAUCCUCUCCCCUGGCUUCAGCCAUGUCUCCUCAGAUUUGUCCCUCUUAAGUUCAGAGUCCUGAGCUGUGUCUUUACAGAUCAGGUUAUGGAAAUUAUGGAAAUGUUUCAUUAAUUUUAAAAAUAUUUAUUUGAAAGGCAGAGUGAGAGGAGGAGAGAUCCUGUAUCUGAGGGCCUACUCCCUAAAUAUGUGCAACAGCCACAGCUGAGCCAGAAGAAUCCAGGAGCCAGGAACUAUUCAGUCCCAGUCUCUCUAGUGGGUGGCAGAUACCCAGCCACUGGAGCCAUCACCUGCUGCCUCCCAAGGUGCACAUCUGGAGUUAGGAGUGCAGCCAGGACUCAAGCACUGGGAGUCUGAUACAGGAUGCAGGCAUCCCAAAUGGUGCCUUAAUGGCUGUGCUAGAUGCCCAUUCUUACUCAUUUUAAUUGAGUUGCUUGGGCAGCCUGAACUUCCUGCUGAGUGUAGAAGAGGGACUGAUGGCCAUUUUCUCACUCUCCAGGACACUGGAGAAGUUGGAGAAACUGGAGCCCAUUUCCUCAGCCCCCUCCAUUAGAGUGUUCCCAUCCAGGAUGGCUUAGGGAUCAGAAAUGCCCUUCACCUCCCGCACGCACCUUGUUGGGUGUUUCCUCUGAUGAACUCUUCUCUCAAGAUUGCAUACUGCCACGGACCUCACACUUGUUCCUUGUCUCCAUGUAAAUUGCUAUCUUUUCAGGAGGUGCCUGACAGCCUCCGUUUGCUCAGGCCUCGGUUUGUACGGAAGCUGUUAUUACAGAAUCAGUUUAAUGGGUCGUGCAUUUUGUGGAGCAAGGGAGGGUCUCCGGGUGACUGUGUGUGUACCAGCCGUGGACCUAUUGGCUCCACAAGGAGUGCAUUAGGCUAAAUAUUUUUAGCCCAUUGACUCUCGAGGUAAUAACCCUAAAUGCUUCAUUAAAUUUUCAUGGGUGAGUGGCAGAAACUACUAGGGGGGAAAACAUCCAAAAAACCAAAUCCACCACAUUUAGCUUUACUAUUACACGGCUGGAGGACAGCGGUGUGGCCCCUAAAAGGAAUACAAGUAAACUUUUCCAAGCAGCUGUUGCCUGCCUUUUCCUUUCCUCUUCUUUUUCUGGCUUCAGAAUUGCAGCACUGAUCCACAAACCUAUCUCCCUUCCCUUCUCCCACCCCCACCCACAACACACGCGCGCGCGCGCACACACACACACACACCCCUGGCAUUCAGGCCUCUGGAGAUGCGAAUGCCACAACAGGCAUUUACUGGAAUUGAGUCUAGUCUCAGGGUGGAAGGAUUUUCAAAUCGACCCAGUGUUUUCUGCGAUUUGGUGUUCCGAGAAUUUUCAUAAGCUAGUAGUAGAGGUAGGACGCAAUUGAUUAUGUUUUCAGUGGAACCUUCUCUCGAACCGGUUCUAACCUGAGGAUUGUCCACGCGCAGACCUGCUAUGAACGAGGUGGGGAAGAGCUGGGGGGAAUCGGGACCACUACACCCUCAGGGACCUCGGCGCCUCCCCAGGACUGAUGAAAACGAGACCAGUGCACGUCUUAGCACUCCCCCCUGCCCAGCUUUACCGGGGAAACCUCAGCCAAGACGCCAGGCUGCCGGCCGCUGAGGACGAGCGCCCCCUCCUGCCAAGGGGCGCGGGGGCAACACGCAGUCGCGGAAGCGCCGCGCCUGGUUUCACCCACGGGCACGCUGUAUGUCUGGGUAUGUGCGUGUUUGGAGGCUGCGCUCAAACAGUAGCGCCCAAGAGAAAAACGGGGAUUGCUGGGCGGGCAUGGUGUUGGUGGCAGUGACGGUGGCGCAAACACUGGCUACUUGGUGAAACCCUGCCCUCUUUCCCCCCGCCUCGCGGGCGCAGCUGGGGCGGGGACCCCGUGCUCUCCUCUCGGCUCUCCCCCUUCCCGCCGGGAUGGGGAGUGAGCGCAGGGGCUCCAGAGGCGCGACUGCGAGCCGCGGUUCCCCCGAUCGCUCUUCCUCCUGCUCGUCGCCACCGCUACUCGCCUAAGCUCUCGGAGCGCUCGGGCGGCGCACAGAGCGCCCCGGCGGGAGCCGGAGUCGCGAGGCCGGGUCGAGGUGCGCGCCGCUGGCGGCCGGGAGCCAGCAGCACUCCAGAAGAGUGACUGAAAUGUGCGGCUCGGGGUGUCGUUCCUGAAGGGGGGAGUCUUUCUCUUGGAGAGGAGUCCUCAAUGAGCCUGGCCGAGGCCCGGGAUCUGUGUGAAGUGGACUAAGGAUUAAGUAGGAUGUCAACUGAGACAGAACUUCAAGUAGCUGUGAAAACCAGCGCCAAGAAAGACUCCAGAAAGAAAGGUCAGGAUCGCAGUGAAGCCACUUUGAUAAAGAGGUUUAAAGGUGAAGGGGUCCGGUACAAAGCCAAACUUAUCGGGAUCGAUGAAGUUUCUGCAGCUCGGGGAGACAAGUUAUGUCAAGACUCCAUGAUGAAACUCAAGGGCGUUGUUGCUGGCGCUCGUUCCAAAGGGGAACACAAACAGAAAAUCUUUUUAACCAUCUCCUUUGGAGGAAUCAAAAUCUUUGAUGAGAAGACAGGGGCUCUCCAGCAUCAUCAUGCCGUGCACGAAAUCUCCUACAUUGCAAAGGACAUCACAGAUCACCGGGCCUUUGGAUACGUGUGUGGGAAGGAAGGGAAUCACAGAUUUGUGGCCAUAAAAACGGCCCAGGCGGCUGAACCUGUGAUUCUGGACUUGAGAGAUCUCUUUCAACUCAUUUACGAAUUGAAGCAAAGAGAAGAAUUGGAAAAAAAGGCACAAAAGGAUAAGCAGUGUGAACAAGCCGUGUACCAGACAAUUUUGGAAGAGGAUGUUGAAGAUCCUGUGUACCAGUACAUUGUGUUUGAGGCUGGACAUGAGCCAAUCCGUGAUCCUGAAACGGAAGAAAACAUUUAUCAGGUUCCCACCAGCCAAAAGAAGGAAGGUGUUUAUGAUGUGCCAAAAAGUCAACCUGUAAGUAACAGCCAUCCGUUUGAGGAUUUUGAAGAACGGUUUGCUGCAGCCAUCCCGAACAGAAACCUGCCCGUGGACUUGGAUGAGAUUUUUGAGGCAACAAAGGCUGUGACCCAAUUAGAACUUUUUGGGGACAUGUCCACCCCUCCUGAUAUAACCUCUCCCCCCACUCCUGCAACUCCAGGUGAUGCCUUUAUCCCAUCUUCAUCUCAGACACUUCCGGCGAGUGCAGACGUGUUUGGUUCUGUACCUUUCGGCACUGCUGCUGUACCCUCAGGUUAUGUGGCAAUGGGCGCCGUCCUCCCCUCGUUCUGGGGCCAACAGCCCCUCGUGCAGCAGCAGCUCGCCAUGGGUGCUCAGCCACCAGUCGCUCAGGUGAUGCCGGGGGCUCAGCCCAUCGCAUGGGGCCAGCCGGGUCUCUUUCCUGCCACCCAGCAGCCCUGGCCCGCUGUGGCCGGGCAGUUUCCGCCAGCCGCCUUCAUGCCCACACAAACUGUUAUGCCUUUGCCAGCUGCCAUGUUCCAAGGUCCCCUCACCCCCCUCGCCACCGUCCCAGGCACGAGUGACUCCACCAGGUCCAGUCCACAGACCGACAAGCCCAGGCAGAAAAUGGGGAAGGAAAUGUUCAAGGAUUUCCAGAUGGUUCAGCCUCCGCCCGUGCCCUCCCGCAAACCCGACCAGCCCUCCCUCACCUGUACCUCAGAGGCCUUCUCCAGUUACUUCAACAAAGUCGGGGUGGCGCAGGAUACAGACGACUGUGAUGACUUUGACAUCUCCCAGUUGAAUUUGACCCCCGUGACUUCUACCACGCCAUCGACCAACUCACCUCCAACCCCUGCCCCUAGACAGAGCUCUCCAUCCAAAUCAUCUGCAUCCCACGCCAGUGAUCCUACCACCGAUGACAUCUUUGAAGAGGGCUUUGAAAGUCCCAGCAAAAGUGAAGAGCAAGAAGCUCCUGAUGGGUCACAGGCCUCAUCCAGCAGCGAUCCAUUUGGGGAACCCAGUGCUGAGCCCAGUGGCGACACUCUAAGUCCACAGGCCGGUAGCUAGAAAGCGCGGGUCUGGGCACAGGAGCAGCUCUACGGGCAGAUCCACAGACCUGAGAAAUAGCAUUGACGCACGCUCGCAGUGGGUACUUCGAGACCGGCAUGGAAAUCAGCAUCGCAACAGGCUCUCUUGGAUUCUUUCACCUCACCUCAUCCCACAAAGAAAUUCACGAUGGCCCACUGGACCUUGUUCAGAAGAGGGAACUCAGCACUUUGGGCAACCAAUGGCAGAUAUUUGUGGCAGCACAAAAAAAUUAAUAAAACCCACAAAAAUAUAAAAAAACACACCCAACAUUCAAUCACAAGUCAAGCAAAUGCUUACCUGACAAAGAUUCUGAGCUCUCUUAGCUGGGUUUUUGCUGGCUCAGUCUAUGAAAUCCUAAUUCCUUCCUUAUUUCUCUGUUGACCACUGUAGACUGUAGAGACAUCAGAUUUGAAGUGACGGGCAUCAGUGAGUUAUACCUGGGUUGGCACUGACUUCUUUCAGUUAAAAACAAGGGGUCCUCUGUGACCACAAUAUCAUCCAUAUGCCUUCCAACACAGGAUUUUUUUUUUUUCAUCUCUCCGUAGGUCCGGGUCUGCCAUUCCCCCACCCCACCCCAACUGUUCAUUCUUUAUUACAUUUGAAAAUUAAUGGGUGUACAAAUUUUUGUAUUGCUUUUGACUUUUUUUAAGAUGAGGGUGAAGAAAUCUAACUGGGAAUUAAAACGCCUCAUGUGAAAUGAAUUAACUUGAAAUCACAUGACAAAUAUGUGGUUGAUGAUGCAUUAUGAUCGGGAAUGUGGCCAAAACAGCCCUUUCUCUAUUCCACAUCCUGAUGAAGAACGAUGGCUUUCAGUUUGAACCUUCAUCCUGGGAAUAGGAAAGGACGUCGAAUCCCAUUUGAUGACCAAGACAAAAAAUGCAUCUGAUUCCUAAGAAGCUCUGAACUCUUAAGUACAAUAAAAUGAUAUUUUUUAUUUUCCUGAUACCUUGCUGCCGUGAUGCUAUGCAGACAAGUGUCUUCUCCAUGUGCCAUUUUCAAAGAAAAGUCAUUUGCCAAAUACUUCUGGUACAAUUCUGCUAAUGUGGUUUUUGGAUCUUACAAACCAACCUUCUCACGGAACAAUGGUGACAUAACUAUUCAGAAUAACAAACUGACUCUGUGUCAAAAUGGUUCAUCUCUAUCUCUUUUUGUACAUCAGAAAAUUCAAAUGGGAUUUUUAUUUUAUAACUUGAAAAAAAAAAACCUUACCAUUAAACUCUUGAAAUAUUUAAGGGAAAUGGCUUUAAGGAGUUCUAAUGAAAAAAAUGUCAGUUUUUUUUGUAAAUAUAAAUGUUAAUGAAAAUGCUUUUUAAUAAUGCCAUUACACUGUAGAGAAGGUAGCAGAUUGAGUGCAAGGUGUGACAAACUUGAUGGAUGGGGCUCACAUUCUGGAUGUUGUUCUAGUGUAUAUGGUAGGAAGCUGGAGUUCAGGGACAGUUGGCAGGCGCUGUUGGCCAAUCAGUAGCUAAGUGAGCAGGCAAGGAGCACGUGACUCCAUAAUCUAGCCUUUCCACGAGAGUACCACUCUGUGUGUGAAACAAGAAAAAGACAAUUCACACUUUUGAAGGCCUGACCUUCAGAAUCUCAAACUCUCUCACUUCUUCACUCCCACCUACCCCCAUAUAAAUCACUGGACUGUUUGGACAUGAAACAGAAGAGUUUAAGCCUCCUUUUUUUACAUUUAUGAGACAAAAAAGUGCAGUGUUUGGUUUGUGUGUUUAGCACAUGAUUUUCAUAAAGAAUCUAUAUAUUUUUGCCCUACAGAUAAUUGUUAUACAGGUCAAAUGUGUUUUCCUGAUGUUCCUAUGCAGUUGCAGUAUGUUGAAUUUAGUGGUUUAACACUAAGAAGAAAAUUUUAAAGAAUUGUGAUUAAUUGGAUCUGGGGAAGGGGAGUAAUUAUUGCUUGAUUUUAAAAUUUGAGAAGUAGCAUUUACAUUGAUAUGAUUUAUUUAAAUGGGCCUGUAUGUUUUGUUUCUCAUAUUAGUAGAAACUAGAAUGAUUCGGAAGACUGACUUUAAAAUGAUGGUACACUUGAACACAAAGAGAAAAGUGAUCCAUCAAGGUGAUUGUUAGCAUUUUGUGCCCACGUUUCUACAACCGGGUCACUAGAAUCCAGUUUUUUUCCAGUUAGAUCAACUGACCAAAUGGCCAUUAGAGAAUAUGUGUUCUCCUGAUGUGAAAGGUCCCAAGAACCAGAAAAGCCGGAAGGGCUAUUUACUGCCCUCUGUGGCUACCACCAGUAAUGACUGCAGGAAUGUGUGUGCAUUCUGUGAUUGGGUCACCCUUUUACAGGGAGGGGGAAAUGGGAAAGGCAUGAUAACAAAGAGAGUCUUCCUGAAACCAGUUCAGUUGUGUUUGCUGGGGAUUUGAUAAGAUAGGCAGUUCCCUUGAGGAGAUGGCUGAGAUUGCUGUGUUGUCCAUGAUUCUGAUUCUAUACAGUGGUGCUAUCUUCUCCCUCACUCUGGCUGUCUGAGUUUGUCUUGCAGUAUCACACCAUCAUACCUACUCUUUGGGUUGCUCCUGACACAUUCCGAGUGAACUGUGGCUGAUGUUGCUGUUUCAGGUACUGUUCGGAGGGAACGUCAUAGCAGAAGGUGACAGUUCAGUGGACUUGGCAUCAUUCACUGGGCACGAUUGAAAACCCAACUGGCUCUGAACUCAAAGACAAUGCCCACGUGAUCCACUAAAGUGAGAGAAAUGAAGUCAAGGUUUUAAGCUGCCAUUUGUAUUCUCUUAGGCAGAAUUCUGAUUUUUUUUCCCAAACGUUGUUUGGUGAGCCCAACACCACCAUAUCCAAUCCCAGGAAUCCGGUGGAACUUCCAAACUAGAGCUGAGGUGUGCAUACCAAAAGAGCAUGGGGAGUCUGCACAGUUCUGGGUAGAUCAGUAGAAAAAUCCAUGUGUACAACUGUUAAUUCCUCAUCCUUCACUGGCACUAAAUUUGUCACUUUAAAUUUUGAAACCAGGGAAACGCCACCUGUCAUUCUGUCCCAUCCCCCAUAGCUCUUCGCUCUCUACAUGCCGCAAGACUUUUUUGAUAGCUCGUCCUCAUCCCAGUGUCCAUUGAAACCCAUCAUGUAAUGUACUGGGCACCUUCUUUUAAAGAAAAAUGUUUACUCUGUGGGUUUGGUUCAUUUCAAUUUCCGCGUUCUGACACAUAUUUUUUUAAUAAAGAUGAGAAAGAGAAAAUGACUUGCAGUACAUUUCUAGACCUACUUUAACUUUACCUCAGAUGACAGUUUGUUAACAUAUAUGGACACAUUAUUUUUAACUUUAUGUACAACACAUUCAACAGAACAGCAAAAUUUUUAGAAAUUUUCCAUUAAUUUCUGUAACACACCAUGUAAAACUAUUACAAAUAAACAUGUUUGAGAACAACA